AGAACUGACUUUGGACGAGCCCCCCCACACCUGCUGGAGUGGAAUAUGUGGCUAUCCCCAAGUCGUGUCCCAAGUCCAUGUCAUCUCGGCUUCUGGGCUGAAGAACCAAGGCGCUGAAGAAGGAGUGGAUUCCUAUGUGAUCAUAAAGUGCGAAGGGGAGAAAAUCCGAUCACCGGUCGUGAAGAAUACUGUGGCUCCAGAAUUUGAUGUAAAAGGACUUUUCUACCGCAAGAAACCGGGACAGCCGGUCAUAAUUCAG